AUCACCAUUUCCACAUCUAGCUUUCUAUUCUGGACCCUUUCAACUUAUCAUGGGGUUUGCCAAAAUUUUAAGCUCUUUCACCGUUCUGUUCAUUGGGUAUACCUUGGUGAAUGGAUCCACCCCAAAGCAUUAUAUAGUUUACAUGGGAGAUCAUUCACACCCCAAUUCAGAAUCUGUAAUCAGAGCAAACCAUGAGAUACUAGCUUCAGUUACUGGAAGCCUUAGUGAAGCAAAGGCAGCAGCACUCCACCAUUACAGUAAAAGCUUCCAAGGCUUCUCAGCUAUGAUUACACCAGUGCAAGCUAGUCAACUUGCAGAAUAUAAAUCAGUAGUGUCCGUAUUUGAGAGCAAAAUGAAUAAACUUCACACAACACAUUCUUGGGAUUUUCUUGGAUUAGAAACUAUCAACAAGAACAAUCCUAAAGCACUGGACACCACAUCCGAUGUCAUUGUUGGUGUCAUUGACUCUGGCAUCUGGCCGGAAUCGGAAAGCUUCACUGAUUAUGGAUUAGGUCCUGUGCCCAAAAAAUUCAAGGGAGAGUGUGUUACUGGUGAAAAAUUUACACUAGCCAAUUGCAACAAGAAAAUUAUUGGUGCUCGGUUCUAUUCAAAAGGGAUUGAGGCAGAAGUUGGUCCUCUAGAGACCGCUAACAAGAUUUUUUUCCGGUCAGCUCGGGAUGGUGAUGGACACGGAACACACACGGCUUCCACAAUAGCAGGGUCCAUUGUUGCUAAUGCCAGCUUAUUAGGCAUUGCCAAAGGAACCGCUAGAGGUGGUGCCCCAAGCGCGAGACUUGCAAUUUACAAGGCAUGUUGGUUUGAUUUCUGCAGUGAUGCUGAUGUUCUUUCUGCCAUGGAUGAUGCCAUCCAUGAUGGGGUUGACAUACUAUCUCUUUCCCUUGGCCCUGACCCUCCGCAGCCAAUUUACUUCGAGAAUGCAAUCAGUGUAGGAGCAUUCCAUGCAUUCCAAAAGGGUGUUCUUGUUUCUGCUUCUGCUGGAAACUCAGUUUUUCCACGUACUGCAUGCAAUGUUGCUCCUUGGAUCCUCACUGUUGCUGCUAGCACAAUAGACAGGGAAUUCAGUUCAAAUAUCUACCUUGGUAACUCGAAGGUUUUAAAGGGUUCUUCUUUAAAUCCAAUAAGAAUGGAGCAUUCGAAUGGUUUAAUAUAUGGAAGUGCCGCUGCAGCUGCAGGAGUUUCAGCAACAAAUGCAAGCUUCUGCAAGAACAAUACUCUAGAUCCUACCUUAAUCAAGGGUAAAAUUGUAAUCUGCACAAUUGAGACUUUCAGUGAUGACAGACGAGCCAAGGCCAUAGCAAUAAGGCAAGGAGGGGGUGUCGGAAUGAUACUUAUUGAUCAUAAUGCCAAAGAUAUUGGUUUUCAAUUUGUCAUCCCAAGCACUCUCAUUGGUCAGGAUGCCGUACAAGAGCUUCAAGCAUAUAUAAAGACAGAUAAGAAUCCCACUGCUAUAAUCAACCCAACAAUAACUGUAGUCGGUACCAAACCUGCUCCAGAAAUGGCAGCUUUUUCUUCCAUUGGACCAAAUAUAAUAACACCAGACAUUAUUAAGCCUGACAUAACAGCACCUGGAGUGAAUAUUUUGGCAGCAUGGUCUCCAGUGGCAACUGAAGCCACAGUUGAACAUCGAUCUGUCGACUAUAACAUCAUUUCCGGAACAUCAAUGUCUUGCCCACAUGUAACUGCAGUUGCGGCAAUUAUAAAAUCUCACCACCCACACUGGGGUCCUGCAGCCAUAAUGUCUUCAAUAAUGACAACAGCGACAGUUAUUGAUAACACACGUCGAGUCAUAGGAAGAGAUCCGAAUGGAACACAAACCACACCAUUUGACUAUGGAUCUGGACAUGUUAAUCCGGUUGCAUCACUCAAUCCUGGAUUAGUAUAUGAUUUUAAUUCCCAAGAUGUUCUCAAUUUUCUGUGCAGCAAUGGGGCAAGCCCGGCACAACUUAAGAACCUCACUGGGGUUAUUAGUCAAUGUCAGAAACCUCUUACAGCUUCCUCCAACUUCAAUUACCCUUCAAUUGGUGUGUCCAGCUUGAAUGGAAGUUUAUCAGUGUAUCGUACAGUUACUUAUUAUGGUCAGGGGCCAACGGUAUAUCGUGCAAGCGUUGAAAAUCCAUCUGGUGUGAAUGUUAAAGUUACACCUGCAGAAUUGAAGUUUGUGAAAACUGGGGAAAAAAUAACUUUCAGGAUUGAUUUCUUCCCUUUCAAGAACAGCGAUGGAAGCUUUGUGUUUGGUGCUUUGAUAUGGAACAAUGGCAUACAAAGGGUUAGGAGUCCUAUUGGUCUCAAUGUACUAUCUACUUAAAAUUGAUUGGUUAUACCUUAAGAAAAUGGAUUUAUUUAUAUAUAUCACUUUGAUUUCGGCAAUAAAAAAAAAAAAGUUCAAUAGAUAUCAUUGAGGAUUUCCAAUAUAGCGAAUUCUCCACAAGCAAGACUGGAUCUUUAUGUACUAAUAUUUGUCUGAUUCAAUGGAAGUGUUGUCAAUUUC